AAUCAGAAAGGAGGGUGGGGGGUGAGAAUAUAAUAUCCAUACUUGGGUUUAUUUCUGCGCGUGUGGAAAUACUUGGCCUAUAAAAAGAGGGCAGUGGGUUUAUCUACUGCAUGUGUGGAAAGACCUGAGCUAGAGACCAGAGGAAAACCAACUCUUGAAGCUACAAUUCUACUUAAGGGGCUUGACAAGGAUGAUCCAAUUCAACAUAUCAACUGACAAUUACAUGACAUUCAUCCAACAAGUACGAAACUGGGCAAAGGAUCCAAAUAGGUUUUCCCAUGGUCGUCCUGUCCUUCCGCAUCCACCUCCAACUAUGAAAGAAGCACAAUAUAUGGACAUUGAAUUACGAGCAAAAGAUGCUAAACAAAUAGAACGAGUUCUGACUGUGAAAAUAAGACGGCAUGACCUAUACAUUAUUGGCUAUCGGAUGGAUGGAGCUACCAACUGGCUUGAGUUCAAGUGGGACAAUGCCAAAUUAAAGUUAAUUCCUGAUUCUGUAUCUCUUGGCUUUGGUGAGAACUAUGAUAACCUUGGUAAGCUAGAGAAUCUUGAGAAGGUCGGCUACAGCACACUCAAACAAACCAUCAUUGACCUUGCUUUAACCACAGACAGCAAAACCAGGAAGUCCUCAUUGCGUGCUUUAGCUGUUAUGAUAUCGGAGACAGUUCGAUUUCAGAAGCUGUCUGAUACUUUCGCCCCAGUGAUGCAGGGACUAAAAGAUAUUAAAUUCGAUGAGACUUGGAUGGAGCCUCUGAUUAAGAAUUGGGGUGAUCUUUCAGACAUGUUACUACGUGAGGACCAAUUCGCCAUUUACUUCCGCCUACCUCGAGAUAAAGAGACUAAUCAGCCUAAUAUCCUUACGAGGACAAAGGAGUUGGGAAUAGUCACUUCAGCAGAUGCAGCCAAGUGUAUCGCUGUCUUGAAAGGAAACUAUCCAACUCUUAAAUUGCAACUCAUUGGACUUCCUGCCGCAGCUAAUGCAGGUACCUCCAUUCAGGGCAAAGGGUUACCUCUUCUCCAGGUGUUCUCUGUUCAUAUCAACAACGUUGCUGGUGAAAUCUAUGGAACAAUUCAAGUCGAUGAUGGCUUAGGUACCCUCCAUCUCUACAACCGACAGAGGACUGAUUACGAGUCCAUUAAAAUGAACGAGGCUCUGACUCUCACUGGGCCCUAUCGCAGCACAUCGGUUAGUCAAUACUUUAAAGUGAGUCUUGAUCUCAAGAAGCGGGGUAAUAACCCUACUUCAGAUGUUGAAGUAAGCAAUGACAUCUUCUCAUGGGAUAUUUGUCAACUCAGCAACGAUGAUUACUAUGACAAGCGUCUAUCUAAUGUUGUGAAUGGCAGAAGUGGGUCUGCAACAGUGUACUACACUCCGUUUCGUGAUGCAGUGCAGGCUAAUGUGGAAGUUGUGCUCAUCAAUGGGGAUGGUAAAAACCCAGCUGAAGUGUAUGGAAGCAUGGUUGCUCGUUAUAGCAACUAUAAGUUUUCCACUGGUGAUGAGCAAGCUAAAUACCAAAGUACUCUGUUUAACAAGCCAAGCAAAGAGUUUGUGAAGGUGUACCCUGGUAAACCCAUUCCAUUGUCGAGAGCUGUGAUCAGUGUGCCUACUACGGGAUCCCUUAUAACUGAAGCUAACAUUUUUGUUAGUUCUAAUAAAGAAAUUGCCAAGGGGACAGCUGAAUUUCCUCCUCAGUUGGAUGGUAAAACUGUGAAAGACAUCAAGGGAAAAUUUGGACUUGUUCGAGUGACAGUAGCAUGGAAAGGUCGGAUUUCUGACGACUGAUUGACCAAAAAAAUAUGGUUCCUGCACUCGAUCAAUGAACCAAAUAAUCUGUUUGGCCCUGGUAAUCCUCUAAUGUCUUCUUCGUGUUGUAAUGGCCUUUAGGCUUUAAUAAUGUAUAAUUAUGUGUGUGUGUGUGUGUUUGCACGUCUUGCAAUAAUGGCUUCCACUUCUAAUCUGAGGGAUUGCUAUUUUCUUCUCAAACCGAGGAAGGGACCAUUUUCAAAUUUGAAUAAGCCAAGUGACGAGUGGACCGGUGGAAGCUAUCAGAUUAUGUAAAAUAAUACUGGCAACUGAAGUAGGCUAGCAGCCUGUGUUGCACUUGUAUUUCAAUUUAUACUGUGAUCAAGGUUAUAUUACUUUGCAACUAUGGUAUCUUUUUUCUAAUGCAUGUGCUGAUAUUUUGUUACUGUACUGUA